CAGCCGCAGCCGCCGGAGGCUGAGCGCCCGCGCGUGGACGAAGUGACCCCGGGAACUUCUCCAACUCGGCGGGCGCCGCCCUGCGCGCACCCGGGACCGGACCCCGGGGGACCGGCCGUGUCGCCGAUCGGGGGCCCGGGCGAGUGUCGGGCUCUCCACCCAGGGUUCUGUGCCUGAAUUACAAAGACAGCUCUUCAGCCAGCUCAUUCCAGAUGAAUGAAUGAUUACGUGAAGUGUGGGCUACACUUCCUCUGGGGGAUCAUUUCAUGGAUCCACUGCCCGGACUUACUAACCACGCUGCCUUGCUCCCCGGACCCUGUCAAGUCGACUGACCAUUAAUCUCCCUCAGUGCACAAACCAGACUGCAGGUGACGAUGGGAAACUCCGAGAGUCAGUACACCCUACAAGGACCUAAAAAUCAGAGCAAUACUAUUACUGGUGCCAAACAAAAACCUUGCUCCCUGAAGAUCCGUGGCCUUCAUGCCAAGGAUGACAAGUCAUUGCACGGAUGGGGUCAUGCAAGCAGCGGAUCGGGGUACAAGUCCAGGUCGUUGGCCCGAAGCUGCCUUUCUCACUUUAAGAGCAAUCAGCCUUACGCAUCCCGACCAGGGGGCCCCACGUGCAAAGCCUCCAAAGGCGGUGCCCACGCCAAGCAUAGGACAGGUGCCGCAGGGUCAGAUUUCCAGGGCACCGAGGCCGCUUUCUCGCCCGAGAACGGCUUCCACUACGUCGGACGCCCGCCUGAGGAAAACCACUCAGCCUCGAGGGACUGCCGCAACGGGCACCUUCUCAACUGCUACGGCGGGAACGAGAGCAUCGCGUCCACCCCGCCGGGCGAGGACCGCAAGAGCCCCCGGGUGCUCAUCAAGACGCUGGGCAAGCUGGACGGGUGCCUGCGCGUGGAGUUCCACAACGGCGCCGCGCCUCCGGGGGCCUCCCCAUCGGGCGGCCCGGUGCAGCUGCUGCGCUACUCGGCCGGGUCCCCGCCCAGCCCGCGCGCCUCCCCGGCCGCCGCCGCGCGCCCCCGCUCCAGCAAAGGCAGCUCGCUCAGCUCCGAGUCCUCCUGGUACGACUCGCCCUGGGGCCCGGCCGGCGAGGUCAGCGAGGCCGAGGGCUCCUUCGCGGCUCCCGACACGCCCGAGCCCGGCCUCCACUCUGGCUUCCCAACCAGGGAUGCUCCAAAGCCUUUCAGCCAAAGCGCCUCCCUCUCGUCCCUCCGGGACCCCUACCCCAAUGCCUCCCUGGGGAGCCUGGCCCCCGCGGCCCUGCGACUUUCCGAUGACUACAUGGGCACCCGCGCCAGCCUCAGCGCCCGCGUCUCCUUCGCCUCCGACAUGGACGUGCCGGCCCGCGUGGAGCGCGGGGAGCCCGGGCAGUUCGCGUCCUUCACCCUCCCUUGCCGCAAGUCCAGGGCCCUGGCCGAGGAGCCCUCCAAGAAGGACACCCUGAAAGCCAGGAUGCGCCGCAUCAGCGACUGGACGGGAAGCCUCUCCAGAAAGAAAAGGAGACUCCAGGAGCCGAGGUCCAAAGAGGGCAGUGACUACUUUGACAGCCGUUCGGAUGGGCUGAACGUGGACACGCAGGGGCCCUCCCAGGGGUCUGCGUCCCUGUGGGCAGGGGGCUCCACUCAGAUCCUGUCCCACAGAAGCGAAUCCGCUCAUGCAAUUGGCAGCGACCCCCUCCAGCAGAACAUUUACGAGAAUUUCAUGCGAGAGCUGGAGAUGAGCAGGACCAACACGGAGAACCUCGAGACGUCCACGGAGACGGCCGAGUCCAGCAGCGAGUCGCUCAGCUCUUUGGAGCAACUGGACCUGCUCUUUGAGAAGGAACAAGGGGUGGUGCGCAAAGCUGGGUGGCUCUUCUUCAAACCCCUCGUCACCCUGCAGAAGGAAAGGAAGCUGGAACUGGUGGCCCGGAGGAAAUGGAAGCAGUACUGGGUGACACUCAAAGGAUGCACACUGCUCUUUUACGAGACCUACGGGAAGAAUUCCAUGGAUCAGAGCAGUGCCCCGCGGUGUGCCCUGUUGGCAGAAGACAGCAUCGUGCAGUCUGUCCCGGAACAUCCCAAGAAGGAAAAUGUCUUCUGCCUCAGCAACUCCUUCGGGGAUGUCUACCUGUUCCAGGCCACCAGCCAGACUGACCUGGAGAACUGGGUCACCGCCAUCCACUCGGCCUGCGCAUCCCUCUUUGCAAAGAAACACGGCAAAGAGGACACAGUCCGGCUGCUGAAGAACCAGACCAGAAACCUCCUCCAGAAGAUAGACAUGGACAGCAAGAUGAAGAAGAUGGCGGAGUUGCAACUGUCCGUGGUGAGCGACCCAAAGAACAGGAAGGCCAUAGAGAACCAGAUCCAGCAAUGGGAGCAGAACCUGGAGAAGUUUCACAUGGAUCUGUUCAGGAUGCGCUGCUAUCUGGCCAGCCUGCAGGGCGGGGAGUUGCCGAACCCCAAGAGCCUCCUUGCUGCCGCCAGCCGCCCCUCCAAGCUGGCCCUGGGCCGGCUGGGCAUCUUGUCAGUUUCCUCUUUCCACGCUCUGGUAUGUUCUAGAGAUGACUCUGCCCUUCGGAAAAGAACUCUCUCACUGACUCAGCGGGGAAGACACAAGAAGGGGUUGUUUUCUUCAUUAAAAGGCCUGGACACACUUGCAAGAAAAGGGAAGGAGAAAAGACCGUCUAUAACUCAGAUAUUCGAUUCAAGUGGCAGCCAUGGAUUUUCUGGAACUCAGCUACCUCAAAGCUCCAAUAACUCCAGUGAGGUGGAUGACCUGCUACACUUAUACGGGUCAGCAGUGGAUGGCGUUCCCCGAGACGGCACGUGGGAGAGCCAGGUUGAUGUUCACUUUCAGGAUCAUCAAACUGUGACUGUGAUGAUCAAGCCGGAAACCAGAGUGGAAGAUAUUCUGACUCUGGCCUGCAAGAUGAGGCAGUUGGAACCCAGCCAUUAUGGCCUACAACUCCGGAAGUUAGUGGAUGAGAACGUUGAGUACUGUAUUCCUGCACCGUAUGAAUAUAUGCAGGAGCAGGUUUAUGAUGAAAUAGAAGUCUUUCCACUAAGCGUGUAUGGUGUGCAGCUGACAAAGACCGGGGGUGUGUCUGACUUCGGGUUUGCAGUGACCGCGCAGGUGGACGAACAUCAGCGUCUCAGCCGCAUCUUUAUAAGCGAUGUCCUUCCCGAUGGCCUGGCGUAUGGGGAAGGGCUGAGAAAGGGCAAUGAAAUCAUGACCUUAAAUGGGGAAGCUGUGUCUGAUCUUGACCUCAAGCAGAUGGAGGCUCUGUUUUCUGAGAAGAGUGUCGGGCUCACUCUGAUUGCCAGGCCCCCGGACACAAAAGCGACUCUGUGUUCUUCCUGGUCAGACAGUGACCUGUUCUCCAGGGAACAGAAGGGUCUGCUGCCCCCUCCUAACCAGUCCCAACUUCUGGAGGAAUUCCUGGAUCACUUUAAAAAGGAUACGGCAAAUGUUGCAGGAAUGAAUUUCUACAGAAAGCAGCAAAAGAGGCCAAAUUUGACUCCUCCCCCGCCCCCACCCCCAGCAGUUGAAAAUCAAACAGAUUUCAGCAACGUCCCUGAUGUCACCACUGGCCUGAAAAGGAGUCAGACUGAUGGCACACUGGAUCAGGUUUCCCACAGGGAGAAGAAGGAGCAGACAUUCAGGAGUGCCGAGCAGAUCACUGCGCUGUGUAGGAAUUUUAACACCCAGACCAACGGCAUGGAAGGACCAAGGGAGGGUCAGGACCCUCCUCCGAGGCCACUGGCUCGCCACCUCUCUGAUGCAGAUCGCCUCCGAAAAGUCAUCCAGGAGCUCAUGGACACAGAGAAGUCCUAUGUGAAGGAUCUGAGCUGCCUCUUCGACUUAUAUUUGGAGCCACUUCAGAGUGAGACCUUUCUUACCCAAGAUGAGAUGGAGUCGCUUUUUGGAAGUUUGCCAGAGAUGCUUGAAUUUCAAAAGGUGUUUCUCGAGACCCUGGAGGAUGGGAUUUCAGCAUCGUCUGACUUUAACAUACUUGAAACCCCCUCGCAAUUCAGAAAACUGCUGUUUUCCCUCGGAGGCUCUUUCCUUUACUAUGCGGACCACUUUAAACUGUACAGCGGAUUCUGUGCUAAUCAUAUUAAAGUACAGAAGGUUCUAGAGCGAGCUAAAACUGAUAAAGCCUUUAAGGCUUUUCUGGACACCCGGAACCCCACCAAGCAGCACUCCUCCACGCUGGAGUCUUACCUCAUCAAGCCAGUUCAGAGGGUGCUCAAGUACCCGCUGCUGCUCAAGGAGCUGGUGUCGCUGACGGACCACGAGAGCGAGGAGCACUAUCACUUAACGGAAGCACUAAAGGCAAUGGAAAAAGUAGCCAGCCACAUCAAUGAGAUGCAGAAGAUAUAUGAAGAUUACGGGACUGUAUUUGACCAGCUUGUAGCAGAGCAGAGUGGAACAGAGAAGGAGGUCACAGAACUUUCAAUGGGGGAGCUUCUGAUGCACUCUACAGUGUCCUGGCUGAAUCCAUUUCUGUCUCUAGGAAAAGCCAGAAAGGACCUUGAACUCACAGUAUUUGUUUUUAAGAGAGCUGUCAUAUUGGUUUAUAAAGAAAACUGCAAACUGAAAAAGAAAUUGCCCUCCAAUUCCCGGCCUGCACACAGCAAUGCUGACCUGGAUCCGUUUAAGUUUCGCUGGCUGAUCCCCAUAUCCGCGCUUCAAGUCAGACUGGGAAAUACAGCAGGGACAGAAAAUAAUUCCUUAUGGGAGCUGAUCCACACCAAGUCAGAAAUAGAAGGACGGCCAGAGACCAUCUUUCAGUUGUGCUGCAGUGACAAUGAAAGCAAAACCAACAUUGUCAAGGUGAUUCGAUCUAUUCUGAGGGAAAAUUUCAGGCGUCACAUAAAGUGUGAAUUACCCCUGGAGAAAACAUGCAAGGAUCGCCUGGUACCCCUUAAGAACCGCAUUCCUGUCUCAGCCAAAUUAGCUUCAUCCAGGUCCUUAAAAGUCCUCAAGAAUUCCUCCAGCAGCGAGUGGCCGGGGGAGCCGGGCAAGGGCAGCUCCCUGGACUCGGACGAGGGCAGCCUGAGCAGCGGCACCCAGAGCAGCGGCUGCCCCCCUGCCGGGAGCAGGCAAGGCACCCAGCAGCACCCCCACGCGGGCCUGGCCAACUUCCCCGACAGUCUCAUCAAGGAGAGCGACAUUCUGAGCGAUGACGAGGACGACUACCCCCAGGCUCAGAGGCAGGGCAGCCCCACCAAAGACAUCGAGAUCCAGUUCCAGAGACUGAGGAUCUCCGAGGACGCCGACGCUCACCAGGCUGAAGAGCCGCCCGGCAAGGAUGGGCAGCCCAAGCUGGUGCGGGGGCACUUCUGUGCCAUCAAACGCAAGGCCAACAGCACCAAGCGGGACAGGGGCACCCUGCUGAAGGCGCAGACGCGUCACCAGUCCCUGGACAGUCAUCCUGGAAGCGCCAACCUUGAUCUCAGCUCUGUCCUCGAGCGAGAAUUCAGUGUCCAGAGCUUAACGUCGGUUGUCAACGAAGAGUGCUUUUAUGAAACAGAGAGCCAUGGAAAGUCCUAGCACGGUCCAAUCCAGA